GUGGGGAGAGGUGGGAGAGCCGGGCCGCCUCGGCGACGCUCUAUCCCCGCAGGCCGGAGCUCGGUGGCUCCGCCGAACUCUUGCCCCGGGACUGUGCCGAGUCCGCGGAGAAGCUUUUCGGCUUCUCCCGGGGGCGGAGGGCGGCGCGUGCGCAGGCGGCGCCGGCCGGGGCAUGGACGGCCUUGGGAGCGGGGGCUGGACCUGAGCUCAGGAUGAAGGAGUGGUGGAUCCAGGUGGGCCUCCUGGGCAUUCCUCUUCUUGCUGUCUACCUACACGUCCCUCCUCCCCAGCUCUCCCCAGAACUUCACUCCUGGAAGACUUCAGGCAGGUUCUUCACAUACAAGGGCUUGACAAUCUUCUACCAAGACUCAUGGGGUGCAGUUGGGAGCUCAGAAAUAGUGGUGCUUUUACACGGCUUUCCAACCUCUAGCCACGACUGGUAUAAGAUCUGGGAGGGCCUGACCCAGCGCUUUCACCGGGUAAUUGCCCUUGAUUUCCUAGGUUUUGGCUUCAGUGACAAACCGAGGCCCCAUCGUUACUCCAUCUUUGAGCAGGCCAGCAUUGUGGAGGGGCUGCUGGAACACCUGGGGCUUCAGAACCAGAGGGUUAACCUUCUCUCUCAUGACUAUGGGGACACCGUGGCUCAGGAACUGCUUUACAGGUACAAGCAUAAUCGGACUGGUCGGGUUCUCAUCAACAGCCUUUGUCUUUCAAAUGGAGGUAUCUUUCCUGAGACUCACCAUCCCACCUUGCUCCAGAAGCUGCUCAAAGAUGGAGGCCCGAUGCCUCCCAUUCUCACUCGCCUGAUGAAUUUCUUUAUCUUUGCUCGGGGCCUUGCAGUGGUCUUUGGGCCAUACACACAGCCCUCAGAAGCUGAGAUGUGGGAUAUGUGGGCUGGGAUUCGAACCAAUGAUGGCAAUCUGGUCGUUGACAGUCUCUUACAGUACAUCGACCAGAGGAAGAAGCAUCGAGACCGCUGGGUGGGGGCUCUCGCCUCCAUGGAUGUUCCCCUUCAUUUCAUCUAUGGGCCAUCAGAUCCAGUGAACCCUCAUCCAGAAUUUAUGAAUCUAUAUAGGAAAAUGAUACCCCAGUCCACAGUGUCAAUUCUGGACGACCACAUUAGCCACUAUCCACAGCUAGAGGAUCCUAUGGGUUUUCUGAAUGCAUAUUUGAACUUCAUCAACUCUUUCUGAGGGGCGAAGAGUUGUUUUUCUUGCUCUUUCCUUUUCAGUCAUGGUUUCAAAUUAAGAACUGAUACCUCAAAGAGGUCAUAGCAUCAUGACUAUACUUCACAUCACUAAAUAGUACCCCCAAGUAACGCCAUGAGCUUCAACGCGUUUUGUCUCGAGUGUCCCAUCCUCUUCCUGAAGUAUUUUUCAGGCUGACAGUCAACCAAAUGUAUGGACUUGGCCAUGUCUUCAUGUGUUAGAAAUUCUCAUCGACCAUCCCAGAGCUCUCAAGCAGGAAGCCAGCAACAUUCUUUUUCACAAAAGGUUUUGAAGUUAUGAACUCUUGGAAUUCGGAGAUGCUACUUUUUAGUUCAAUCCCAACCACAUAAUCAUGUAAUAUGGAAAGUGGGAUGACUUGGAAAUCCUUCCAACUUGUCUUAAAAUGGCUUUAAAGGCAUAUAUAUAGAUGCUUGCAUGUUCUAUAACCAACAUGUAGCAUUAUGAUAAGCCAGAUUCUAUUUUGGUCAUGACUUUGGAUUUCUUUCACCAUUUCCCAUAACAUCUUGAAGUGUAAUUUGUAAUUGAAAUAAUGCAGUAUUAAGUGCAUCUUACUAUAAGCCUGAGUUAUGUUUCACCUACAGAUGUAUUUUUUAUAGACACUAAACCAGCAGGUGUGUUCUGUGGCUGAGUAGUGAAUUUAAGGAACUUUUAAGUAUGAUUAAUUUUUGUACAAGUCAAUUUAAAUCCAAACUGUUUUUGAUGUUACCUAAAAUUUUGAGGCAUGAAGGAUCAAUAGUGUCUGUCAAGAGAACUACUUAGAUUGGUUGAUAUGUAGGCAAGAUGCUCUCAGCUAACAGCAGUCUGUUUAUACCUCAGUGUUUAGAUGGCUUUAAUCCUGCAAGAGGACUGUCACACAAGCCAACUUGCUCUGUUGAAUUCCUUUUCUGAAGAUUGCUCAGCUUUCCAUGGGCUGGCUCCAGUGGCCUUCUCUUUUAGCUUAGUUUUUCUUGUAUUUAGCAGAAAGGAUUUGUAAAUGAAAGUUCUGGAAGGCCUUUAAGCAAAUGGUGCUGAAUCCUCUAUUUUGUUAGCUACGGUUGCAGUGUCUCAGUGAGGCAGUAAAAUCCAUUAUUUUAAAGUCUUUUUUAUUAGCAACUUCAAAUAUAACAAAUUUCAAAACUUGAAA